AUGCCGGGGGCGGCUUCCCGCCCCCGCCCCCACCCCCAGCUCCACCCCCCGGGAGGGGGCGGGGCCGGGCCGGCCAUGGCGCCGCUUUUUGUGCGCUACCGCCCGCGCAGCAACUCCGGUGCAACCCUCACCGUGUUCCCGUUCGGCCGCUGGUUGUGGGCGCUGUCUGAGUCACAGGAAGCGCCGGGGGCGGCUUCGGAGGUGGGGCUCGGGGGUGCGGCGGAAGCUGGGGGGCGCUGCGCCUCCCGUGGGGGUGGCGGCUGCGUCAUCCACUCUGCGGGGGCGGUAGCUAGCGUCUCCUACGGGCCAGAGCUUACUUGUUUGGGAAGAGGUUACGGAGAGGUGACGAUGACUUCUGAGACACACGAGAGCAAGAAGCUUCCCCAGCGGAAGGUUCGCCCUCUGUCGCCCUGGAGGACCGGUCACCCGCCCUCGGCAGACGCCGGAUCGCCCUCUGACAAACGUGAGUCUGCAGAGCUGGAAUUACCAUUUCAAGGAUUCAGACCAAGGACUGAUGUAACGCACCCCCCGCCCCUGCCUCAGGUUGGCCCACCCCCGCACGCGGCAUUGGCCCUGCUGCCGCCGCCGCCGCCACCGCCUCCAGCCACCCCCACCGGUCACAGGACAAGACCACAUCAGACGGCGUAUGUAGCCAGCCAGCAACCGGUGCCGAACAACACUUUGGGACAAGUGAUAGAAUUCUGCUGCCUAGGAACUAGAGAGCUCUGA